AUGGAGGAAGCCUCCGGGACGAGACUGGAAGAUCUAUGGGAUGAUUACUCUCUCGAAGAGAAGAUCGCAGUCAUUAAGGAUCUCGUGCAACUGGAGAGAAAAAUGCUUCAAGUGCCACUGAAUCGCUAUGGGAGCUUGUACUAUGCCGGCGCCAAUAUCAGAGGUGCCGUGCCAGCCGAUACCUGUGCAGAAAUACCUGCUGAGCUCAAAUACACAAUACGCCGUCGUUUUGUUAUUGGCCCGCUCGCAGAAAGACACUAUUGGUCCAAAGAACGUGCAGAGAUGACCUUGGACCGAGGACCAUCUUACCGAGAAGAGGCAUGGAUCCAACAAUACGCAACUCCAAGAGCCGAAAACGACCCGCUAGCAACCUCAGCAACGCAGAACUCUCCUAGCAGUCACAUUUCUCUACUGCAGAAAUAUCGUCAGGUUGCCCCUUAUCUGCUCCCGGAUGAUCCUGUCGUGGUUGCACCCUACAUCUGGCAUACCGAUCUGCACGCGGGGAACAUCUUUAUUUAUAAUGGUAAGAUCUCGAGUGUAAUAGACUGGCAAGGGCUCUGGGCAGCACCCUUAAUCAUUCAAGCACGUCACCCAAGGCUAGUCGAUUACAAUGGUGAAGUUAUCCUGAAAGCCCCCGAAAACUUCAAGCAGCUGGAUCUGGCGGAAAAGGCUCGGAUCAGAGGCCUUAUGAGUUGCUCAAUCCUGCUUUAUCUCUACGAGAAACAGAUUGCCAGAGAGCUACCCCUACUUAAUAAAAUCCUUCGAUUUGAUCACGGUCGGACAAGAUGCAAUCCGGUUCUGUUCGUGGGCGAUACAUGGGAGGACGACCUUCUCCCCUUUCGGGAAUCGCUGAUUAGGCUUGAGAGAUGCUGGAAUGAAUUAGGGUUUGACUGUCCAUGUCCGAUCCAUUUCACCGAGGAUGAUCUUCGGGUCCAUGCAGAAGAAAGUGCCGGGUGGAAUGAUGUGCAAGACUUCUGGAAUUCCUUCGCAGACGUCGUAUCGAGAGAUGGCUGCACCCCGCACCAUUUAUAUGGGGAUGCCGUUUCGCUGUUUACAGAGCUACGAGAUAUUGGCCUGAAAGCUAUAGUAGGAAAGAAGAGGGAUGCAUUUGAGAUCUAG